GGACCUCCUCGUUCAGACUCGUCUCUGGCUGGUUCGCAGGCGGGGUGGGUGAGCUUGCAAUGUCAGUCGCGUACGGGCUACCGGUUGCGAGUGUCGCUUGUGAUACUGCUGCGCACAGUAUUACAGCCGUCGAUCAACCUGUCUGACCGUCCUUAACGCCGUACAAUUCCCUCUCUCAAACUUAUCUCACACAAACAGCCGUCAGCCUGCGUACAAGCGCAGUGAACAAGUACUAGAAAUGUCUGGCUCCACUCACAGAGCGCUGCGUAUGGAUGAUAUCCUCCAGUGCAUAUUCGAAUCCAGUUCAAGCAUGCAGCGCAAGGAUGACCUCAACAGCCGCAAGAAUCUCGCACGAGUAGCUCGUACCUGCAAGGCCUUUUCGCGGUACGCGUUGCCACAGUUGUGGAGGAGCCUCCCAUCGGUCAAUCCCUUGUUAUCUCUUCUCGCCCCCCUCCGACUCGCGCGGACUGACGAACAAUGGCUUCAAUCGGGUUGCUACGAGGCGAACAAUCCUCCUGAGCGCAACAGAGGGUAUUCUUGGGUGUUUGAUGGGACGAUUACACCUGCCAACGUUUCACGCUUUCAAGAAUACGCCGCUUUUGUCCAUGCACUCAACAUCCGCCGAUUCCCGCAGCUCGACCCAACUAUAUUCUCAUGUGUUGGACAUGUCGGCAGCCUUCGCGGUGCCUUACUGCCAGCACUCGAGGUACUGGAUUGCGAGACCUCGCAGUCUAUGUAUCAGACGGUCAGAUUGGUCAUGGGGCCAUCCUUGCGCUCUUUCGCAUGUAACCUGCGCGCCAGCCCAGUGUAUUUGGCUGAGCAUGCGGAGAGUGAUACCGGGAAAGCACACAUGUUGGAGACGCUUCUCAGUGACCUCCAUUUCUCUUCACCCCACCUCGAGACUCUGAUGUUGUCCGCCUUCAUGCUCUGGUGGGAUCUGCGCCCUGCUCUCGCCUUCACGGAACUCCGCACUCUGGAUCUCUCGAAAUAUGUGUCCUCCAAAUUUGGGACCGACUUUUGGCAAUCACUGGCUAUGGUUCCUCAUUUGCACACGCUCCGCUUACCCACCACCGUCAUUGGCGAGCUAGCACCUUUCCCAGGUGGAUUUGCUCGCCUAGAGGACUUACAUGUCACUGGCAGCACACACGACAUCACUCGAAUACUGCGGUUCAUUGCCCCCUCUCGGCUGCGCGUUCUCUCGAUUUCGGGCACCUUCGACUAUCCCAGAUGUGCGCACGAAGUGCUCGAACCGGUAUGCGAUCGCUGCUCCAACACGUUAACGGAGGUUCGUGUAGAGUGUGCGGGUGGCUCUUUUCGAGACCCUGUUUCUGGCCUGAUGGACGUCCUUCAGCCGUUCGUGCCGGCACGCAGAAUCCGCAUUGUCGUGCUGCAGUUUCAUGACGGUGCAUUCUCCUUCACGGGUGCAGAUCUAUGUGCACUGACGCAAUAUUGGCCGGCGUUGCAUAUCUUCGAGCUGGCGAAUGGCAGUGACCGGGUGGAGGCCAUGACAGCACCACCAAGCCUACAAGCAAUCGUGGAUUUUGCACAUGCCUGUCCGGAUCUCGAGGAGGUCAGCCUGCCCAAAAUUGCAUGGCCGCUUGCUUCCGCGCCCGGAGACGAGGAACAGUACACGUGCCGCCCGAACAACCUCAGGGUUGUGAGGACGGAUUGUAUCGGGUUCGGUGCUGGCAAAGGAAGGGAGGAAAUUGCAGCGGAUAGGCGCAUGGCAGGUCGUAUUCUCUAUCGUCUGUUCCCUGCGUUGGAUGUCCAGCGUUCAAGAGAGGUAUAUGGAUCUGUACACCCGAUCUUCUUGGGUCGAUUUUGGCUGGAUGCGAUCGAAGAACUGCAAAAGGGUCAGUGAUUUGAUGGUUCCGGCACUGCAAUACUAGAUCUG